GUAAUAGGUAGAUAUGACAAAUGUAACUGAAGAAUAUAUUUUAUUGUUGUUCACAAUCAUAAAAUGAUUAGGGUCGAGAAUUCGGAAAGCCGCCUAAUAUCAAACCGAUGGGCCAGUGACGAGAAGCGAGUUGUCGACACGACCACCGAAGCACGAAUGGCAGCACCUUACGGUGCAUACAACGGCGACAGAGACAUUGACACAGGCCGGCGUGAAAAUUGUCAGUACGAACUUGGUCAUAAUACAGACACGGUCGUUUACCAAAAACUAAUUGUGCCGCAAAUCGUGUCGGAUAUAACCAUCGUGCUGAUGGAGUAAGAGAAGUUACUGCGAAAUCAUUUUCCACGAAUAAAUGUUAAUAAAAAUUUACAAUCUGCAAUAUGAAUUUUACCUAUUUCAACCUAUCUCGGCAUGUAUAGAGGCGACACGUGCAGUUUGCGUUUAUCCACCGAUGCAACGCGGUAGAGUUUAUAAUGACUGGUGACUAGAUUUAAGAAGAAGAGCGGAAUUAUAUACACCACCACAAUAAAAGAUGCUGAAGACUUGACAACCGAUCUGAGAGCACGAGGAUUAAAAGUAGGUUGCUAUUACGCAACGUAAGAUAGCGAAAUAAGGAUAAAAUUUUAUUUUUCAUUCCUUUGUCUAGCUACAUAACUUGAAUAAGUAAAAUGUAAAAGGAUAAAUUCGGCCGACAGCCAAAGUUGUUCAUGACAGUGAAAUGAAAGUUAGUUUUCCUAACCCCUGAAUAUAUGACAAAGUCAAAAAGAUUUAAGAGCAAACUACAAAAAGCUUACGAAAUUGGUCAACUAGACAGAUUUUUUAUCGAUGAAGUGCACUGCUGCAGUCGAUGGUGUCACGAUGUUAGUAACGAUUAUAAUUACCUAGGAAUACUGAAAAACAAAAACAGUCUUCCUUUCCUAGGACUCACAGCAACAGUCCCUGCAAAAAUAAUCGUCGAUGUCCAAAAAAUGCUCGACAUUCGAGGCUGUCUGAUUCUUCAUUUUUCCUUUAAUUGUCCAAACCUUUACUGCCCUUACUAUGAAGUCCGAAGAAAACCGAACGAGAAAGAAGUCUGUCUCUCAAUGAUGGAAAAUCUAAUGAAAAGAAGGUAAUUUUCUCUAUUACUGUCUACUUUUAUAGAAUUGUCUGAAAAUAUUCUUUAAGUAUUAGCUUCUAUCAGUAGCUACUCUUUUUAUAUUACCAAUCGCUCUUUAUUUUUUCUCUAGAUUUAAGAAGAAGAGCAGAAUUAUAUACACCACCACAAUAAAAGAUGCUGAAGACUUGACAACCGAUCUGAGAGCACGAGGAUUAAAAGUAGGUUGCUAUUACGCAACGUAAGAUAGCGAAACAAGGAUAAAAUUUUAUUUUUCAUUCCUUUGUCUAGCUACAUAACAUGAAUAAGUAAAAUGUAAAGGAUAAAUUCGGCCGACAGCCAAAGUUGUUCAUGACAGUGAAAUGAAAGUUAGUUUUCCUAACCCCUGAAUAUAUGACAAAGUCAAAAAGAUUUAAGAGCAAACUACAAAAAGCUUACGAAAUUGGUCAACUAGACAGAUUUUUUAUCGAUGAAGUGCACUGCUGCAGUCGAUGGUGUCACGAUGUUAGUAACGAUUAUAAUUACCUAGGGAUACUGAAAAACAAAAACAGUCUUCCUUUCCUAGGACUCACAGCAACAGUCCCUGCAAAAAUAAUCGUCGAUGUCCAAAAAAUGCUCGACAUUCGAGGCUGUCUGAUUCUUCAUUUUUCCUUUAAUUGUCCAAACCUUUACUGCCCUUACUAUGAAGUCCGAAGAAAACCGAACGAGAAAGAAGUCUGUCUCUCAAUGAUGGAAAAUCUAAUGAAAAGAAGGUAAUUUUCUCUAUUACUGUCUACUUUUAUAGAAUUGUCUGAAAAUAUUCUUUAAGUAUUAGCUUCUAUCAGUAGCUACUCUUUUUAUAUUACCAAUCGCUCUUUAUUUUUUCUCUAGAUUUAAGAAGAAGAGCAGAAUUAUAUACACCACCACAAUAAAAGAUGCUGAAGACUUGACAACCGAUCUGAGAGCACGAGGAUUAAAAGUAGGUUGCUAUUACGCAACGUAAGAUAGCGAAACAAGGAUAAAAUUUUAUUUUUCAUUCCUUUGUCUAGCUACAUAACAUGAAUAAGUAAAAUGUAAAGGAUAAAUUCGGCCGACAGCCAAAGUUGUUCAUGACAGUGAAAUGAAAGUUAGUUUUCCUAACCCCUGAAUAUAUGACAAAGUCAAAAAGAUUUAAGAGCAAACUACAAAAAGCUUACGAAAUUGGUCAACUAGACAGAUUUUUUAUCGAUGAAGUGCACUGCUGCAGUCGAUGGUGUCACGAUGUUAGUAACGAUUAUAAUUACCUAGGGAUACUGAAAAACAAAAACAGUCUUCCUUUCCUAGGACUCACAGCAACAGUCCCUGCAAAAAUAAUCGUCGAUGUCCAAAAAAUGCUCGACAUUCGAGGCUGUCUGAUUCUUCAUUUUUCUUUUAAUCGUCCAAACCUUUACUGCCCUUACUAUGAAGUCCGAAGAAAAGCAAACGAGAAAGAAGUCUGUCUCUCAAUGAUGGAAAACCUAAUGAAAAUAAGGUAAUUUUCUUUAUUACUGUCUACUUUUAUAGAAUUGUCUGAAAAUAUUCUUUAACUGUAUUAGCUUCUAUUAGUAGCUACUCUUUUUAUUACCAAUCGCUCUUUAUUUUUUCUCUAGAUUUAAGAAGAAGAGCAGAAUUAUAUACACCACCACAAUAAAAGAUGCUGAAGACUUGACAACCGAUCUGAGAGCACGAGGAUUAAAAGUAGGUUGCUAUUACGCAACGAAAGAUAGCGAAAUAAGGAUAAAAUUUUAUUUUUCAUUCCUUUGUCUAGCUACAUAACAUGAAUAAGUAAAAUGUAAAAGGAUAAAUUCGGCCGACAGCCAAAGUUGUUCAUGACAGUGAAAUGAAAGUUAGUUUUCCUAACCCCUGAAUAUAUGACAAAGUCAAAAAGAUUUAAGAGCAAACUACAAAAAGCAUACGAAAUUGGUCAACUAGACAGAUUUUUUAUCGAUGAAGUGCACUGCUGCAGUCGAUGGUGUCACGAUGUUAGUAACGAUUAUAAUUACCUAGGAAUACUGAAAAACAAAAACAGUCUUCCUUUCCUAGGACUCACAGCAACAGUCCCUGCAAAAAUAAUCGUCGAUGUCCAAAAAAUGCUCGACAUUCGAGGCUGUCUGAUUCUUCAUUUUUCUUUUAAUCGUCCAAACCUUUACUGCUCUUACUGUGAAGUCCGAAGAAAACCAAACGAGAAAGAAGUCUGUCUCUCAAUGAUGGAAAACCUAAUGAAAAUAAGAUUUAAGAAGAAGAGCAGAAUUAUAUACACCACCACAAUAAAAGAUGCUGAAGACUUGACAACCGAUCUGAGAGCACGAGGAUUAAAAGUAGGUUGCUAUUACGCAACGUAAGAUAGCGAAAUAAGGAUAAAAUUUUAUUUUUCAUUCCUUUGUCUAGCUACAUAACAUGAAUAAGUAAAAUGUAAAAGGAUAAAUUUGGCCGUCAGCCAAAGUUGUUCAUGACAGUGAAAUGAAAGUUAGUUUUCCUAACCCCUGAAUAUAUGACAAAGUCAAAAAGAUUUAAGAGCAAACUACAAAAAGCAUACGAAAUUGGUCAACUAGACAGAUUUUUUAUCGAUGAAGUGCACUGCUGCAGUCGGUGGUGUCACGAUGUUAGUAACGAUUAUAAUUACCUAGGAAUACUGAAAAACAAAAACAGUCUUCCUUUCCUAGGACUCACAGCAACAGUCCCUGCAAAAAUAAUCGUCGAUGUCCAAAAAAUGCUCGACAUUCGAGGCUGUCUGAUUCUUCAUUUUUCUUUUAAUCGUCCAAACCUUUACUGCCCUUACUAUGAAGUCCGAAGAAAACCAAACGAGAAAGAAGUCUGUCUCUCAAUGAUGGAAAACCUAAUGAAAAUAAGAUUUAAGAAGAAGAGCAGAAUUAUAUACACCACCACAAUAAAAGAUGCUGAAGACUUGACAACCGAUCUGAGAGCACGAGGAUUAAAAGGUCGAGAAUUCGGAAAGCCGCCUAAUAUCAAACCGAUGGGCCAGUGACGAGAAGCGAGUUGUCGACACGACCACCGAAGCAUGGAUGGCAGCACUUUACGGUGCAUACAACGACGGUAGAGACAUCGAUACCGGCCGGCGUGAAAAUCGUUAGUACGAGCUUGGUCAUAAUAAAGUUAAUUUAUUAUUAACCGAAGGUUGUGAUCACAUUUAUCCUGGAAUCAAAGAUGAAAUCGACGAUGUUCCCAACACGGAUUCGGAUUUCAUUACAGAAAAGGGCAUAAAUCCUCCACUUAAUAUCACAAGACUCGGAAAAGAACAACAACUGCAUAUGUUCGUCGAAGUAUUAGUAGCCAAUGUUUCGAAUCAUCAAAUUGCUCACGAAAUUAAAGACGAUCCAGAAGACGAUGUUGUAGACGAGGGUGAUCAGUAUGAGAAUGUAUUAGCAAUAUUUCCGGAAUCAGAUCCUGAAUAUUUGAGGACAAUAUUGUUAAAUUGUAUCAAAAGAGUCAAGUUCAGUUUCAAAAAUACAUACAAAAAAACUACUGAUUUCAGUGUAAAGAAAUGUUUACAAGUCAUUUCUAAUCCGAUCGAACAUUUCGAGAAUCCAGAAAGGAAAUGCAUUUUUGUAAAUACAGCGAAUGAAUUUCUGAAAGGUCAAUUCCGUUCGCAUAAGGUUGUAACGAUUUCUAAAUUCUAUAAAAAGCACAAGUACAAUAUUAUUUUAACUAA